AUGGAAGCCGCCAAACGUGUUCUAAGGUACCUCAAAGGAACGAAGAAAUUUGGCUUGUACUAUACUCCAAACUCACCAGAUGAACUUAUAUGUUACUCAGAUGCUAAUCUUGCCUCUGAAACUGACACAAAGAGUCGCUCAACUACGGGCUCAGUUAUUCUUUAUGGUGGAUCCCCAGUAAGCUGGAGAUCUAAACUACAAACUCUUGUGGCUCUUUCUACAGUUAACUCUGAACUCUUUGCCCUAUGCUUUACCACUCAGGAAUGCGUUUGGUUACAGAACUUAAUGGAAGACAUAAAGAUAACACACAACACAAAACUAUACUGUGACAAUCAACCAGCUAUCAAAACGGUACAGCUGGAAGUCGCACUAGAAGGAACAAAGCAUAUACGACGCAGAGUUGACUUUGUUAAACAACAAGUACAAUUCUCAACUGUACUGCUACAAUACGUUCCCACAAAAUUGAAUUGUGCAGAUAUAUUUACUAAGGCACUACCAGAUCCACAGUUCACAACCUUACGUCAACGCUGUGCAUCAGGUAUAAGACCUACUGAUCUUCUAUAA